AUGGCCAACGUUCUGUCCUUGCGGCUUCGUGCCAUUCUUUUCCUGUUCUUCUUGUCAGUCUCUACGGUUUCUUGUUUCAAAUUUGACGACACUGCGAUACACCUGAGUGGUGGGUUCAAACGUGGCACCCAACUCAAGUAUAGCGGCGAUGUAGGUACGCAGCCUCAGCCGAGCCAGGCAAAGCCUCUGUUCCGACGACAACCCAGGAAGCGCUCUCCUGUGCCUCGUUACCCUGCGCCCGUCAUUCCGUCUAGCAAAGAUGAUGACUCAUGGUCUGUUAUGGUCGAGGAGCCGGACAUGUUGUACAUGAAUCUGGGCCCUGCGUUCGAUCUUUCAAACUGCGUGUUCUGUCCUACCCAGAACGAUGGAACUGCCCUCGACGAAACGGAUUCGGAGGCUAUUCUCAAGCACAUGACUUGGCAAACCUUCCUUCGGUACAUCAAAGGAGACAAGGCGGCCCUUACCGAUACGUGUGUCUUCUAUUCCAAAGGUGUCACAACUGCUGGAGCAGCAACGGGUCUGUCCGUUGCUGCCACAGAAUGGGCAUGCGGAGAGUCCCAGAAGGCCCGGUACACAAUCUGGAAUCUGUUCCCCAACAGCCUUGACGCUUCUAGUCACUCGGGCGUCCGAGACUUUUACGCCAUGUUUACGCCCGGAAGCUGGCUGGAUCCUGUCAGGAAAAAGCAGUUAGAGUUCGAGGCAACGAAACCUCCCGGAACAGUGCCACCGACCAUCCGUUAUUUCCAACAAAUGUCGGCGGCCAUGGCUGAAGCAUGCUACGGAGACAUCAUCAUCAUGACGGAGACGCCGUCAGAACUCGCCCUCUACGAGCCAGGCAAGAAGUACCAGAUCAAAGAAUUGAACAACAUCUUCUGGUCUCACGAGCGGCCCGUCCUCCAGCGAAAGGUGAAAGCGGGACAGGCAAAACUCUAUGCACUGGACUCAACCACCAAAGAAGCCUGGGAAGUAAAAAACAUCAACACGUUCGAGCUUGGCUCCCCGAUAAAGUUCAGGCGAGGUCUGCAAUCGGUCAACGAGGCGUCUAAUGUCUUUGGACGGUCCAAGUUGCAGGCCCGGGCCAACAUGUGCCAGAGCAACGGACUUGGCUCUCAGGGACUAGGCCAAGACUGGUUUGGAUCUUACGGAAGCAAUGGGUGGUAG